ACCCAAAAUUAGAUCAACACGUCUUCCCUCAUCAUCUUCUUCAAUCUUCGGUAAAUUUCGAUUUGACUCUCGAUUGUAGAGAGAGGAGAGAGAAAUAGAGUUUUGCGCAACAAUGGAGAAAUCGAAGGCCACUUUAAUGGUGGCCGUUGUUAUCAUGCUGUUUUCUGGUGUGAGAUCCGAUGGCUCCGAUCACCGUUACAAAGCUGGCGAACAAGUUCCUCUUUACGCCAACAAAGUCGGCCCUUUCCACAACCCUAGUGAAACAUAUCGGUAUUUCGAUCUCCCAUUCUGUAUUCCAGAUCAUUUGAAGGAGAAGAAAGAAGCUCUUGGUGAAGUAUUAAACGGAGAUCGUCUAGUCAGUGCUCCCUACAAGCUUGAUUUUCUUGUGGACAAAGACUCGGAAGUAAUUUGCAAGAAAAAAUUGACAAAGGAUGAUCUUGUCAAAUUCCGAGAUGCAGUAGCCAAAGAUUAUUACUUUCAAAUGUACUAUGAUGACUUGCCAAUCUGGGGUUUCCUGGGUAAAGUUGACAAAGAAGGCAAACUGGAUCCAAGCGAGUACAAGUAUUAUUUAUAUAAGCAUAUCCACUUUGACAUCUUUUACAACAAGGACCGUGUUAUUGAAAUCAAUGUCCGCACUGAUCCCAACUCUUUGGUGGAAAUUACUGAGGAUAAGGAAGUGGACGUAGAAUUUAUGUAUACUGUGAAGUGGAAAGAGACAAGCACCCCGUUUGAGAAGCGAAUGGAUAAAUACUCCCAAUCUUCCUCUCUUCCUCAUCAUCUAGAGAUCCAUUGGUUUUCUAUCAUAAACUCAUGUGUCACAGUGCUUCUCCUGACUGGAUUCCUUGCCACAAUUCUCAUGCGAGUGCUCAAGAAUGAUUUUGUUAAGUAUGCACACGAUGAGGAAACAGCUGAAGACCAGGAAGAAACUGGCUGGAAAUAUAUUCAUGGGGAUGUAUUCAGGUUUCCCAAGUACAAAUCAGUGCUGGCAGCUGCUCUUGGAUCUGGUACUCAGCUAUUUACUCUUACGAUAUUCAUUUUCCUACUUGCGCUAGUUGGUGUGUUUUACCCUUACAACCGAGGAGCCCUGUUCACGGCCCUGGUUGUCAUCUAUGCUCUUACGUCUGGCAUUGCUGGUUAUACUGCAACCUCCUUUUAUUGCCAGCUGGAAGGAUCAAACUGGGUUAGGAAUCUGUUGUUGACUGGUUUCCUGUUCUGCGGUCCUCUGUUUCUCACUUUUUGCUUCCUCAAUACUGUUGCGAUAGCAUACCACGCUACUGCAGCUCUUCCAUUUGGCACAAUAAUGGUGAUACUUCUUAUCUGGACACUUGUAACAUCACCGUUGCUUGUAUUGGGUGGAAUUGCUGGAAAGAAUAGCAAGGCUGAGUUCCAAGCUCCAGUUCGCACAACCAAAUACCCCAGAGAAAUUCCACCACUGCCAUGGUACCGGGGAACUGUCCCUCAGAUGGCAAUGGCUGGAUUUUUGCCAUUUAGUGCGAUAUACAUAGAGCUUUACUACAUCUUUGCCAGUGUUUGGGGGCACAGAAUUUACACAAUAUAUAGCAUUUUGUUCAUUGUCUUUAUAAUUUUGAUUAUAGUCACAGCUUUCAUUACUGUGGCUUUGACAUACUUCCAACUUGCUGCUGAAGACCACGAGUGGUGGUGGAGGUCCUUCCUAUGUGGUGGUUCUACAGGGCUGUUUAUUUAUGGCUAUUGCUUAUACUACUACUAUGCACGCUCUGAUAUGUCUGGAUUCAUGCAAACAUCAUUUUUCUUCGGCUACAUGGCUUGCAUUUGCUAUGGCUUCUUCCUCAUGCUUGGAACUGUUGGCUUCCGCGCUUCACUCUUUUUUGUCCGCCAUAUAUAUCGGUCAAUUAAAUGCGAGUAGAUAGGUGGUGCGGCUUCAAUGUUAGACCAAUGUUUUUUUGUUCUAUAGGCUUAGCAGGAUAGUAAUGUUCUUUGUAUUGUAACCUAUGCUCGACUUCAUUCAGGAGAAAGAGUUUGUAAUCUUAUAGAGACUUGCCUCUUGUUA